ACCAUUUAAAACAAUGCUAUACUUUAUGAUUUUUGUUUUUUCUUAAAAAGAGUAUACAAAAUAUUAAAAAAUUGUUACAUUAAAAAGUUACCUCCCCUGCUCAUAGACCAAAUCUCGUAUAAUGAGAAUUUCACUCGCAGUCAUUUUUAGCCCUCUUCGAGGGCUUUGAUGCUGACCAACAGUUUUUCCAUACAACCCAUUCAUCUAUAGAGGUGUAUGCAAAAAAUUAGCCAGUUAUACAAAGAACAAAAUAACAUGGCCUCAACUGGUCAAGAUGCACUAUGGCUAGGAGUUGAUCUUGGCACAACCUCUGUGAAAGCUGUGUUAAUUAAUCAGUAUGCAGAAACAGUUUCAUCCUCAUCUCUAUCCACUUCAGCAGAUGUUAAAAGUGAAAUAGGAAGUUCUGGAUAUGAACAAAAUGUUCUUAAGAUAUUUUCUACUAUACAGAAUGUAGUUGUUCCCCUCAUUGCUGAAGUGAAACAUAAUAUCAAAGGAAUUGGAGUUACUGGCCAGAUGCAUGGUGUUGUGCUAUGGCAAAAUCUUUUUGAAGGAAAACAAAAUAGCUUCUUGAAAAUUAAUGAAAGUUGUUGUAGUCAUUUAUUCACAUGGCAAGAUCAACGAUGUUCAGAGGACUUCAUCAAAACCCUGCCCAGUUCAGAAAACUCCCAGACAACUCUAUCCACUGGUCAUGGCUGUGCUACCAUCUUCUGGCUGGCUAAAAAUAAACCAACAUUUUUUACUGAUGGAAACUUCACUUGCUGCGGGACUAUCAUGGACCUGCUGGUGUCUGUUUUAUGUGGCCUAGAAAGGCCUGUAACAUCCGAUCAGCUUGCUGCCAGCCUGGGUUAUUAUGAUGAAUCAACUCAAGGGUGGAGCUCAGCAUUAUCUGAGUCGAGUGAAUUUCCCUGUCACUUGCUACCGAAGAUAGUUCCAUCUGGAACACCAGUUGGCCGUGUCAGCUCAUCACAUGACGACUGGCCAGUGGAUGUGCCUGUGUACGUAGGCAUGGGUGAUGUCCAGUGCGCCAUGUACGCUCUACUAAAGAGUCACUAUGAUGCAGCUGUCAACAUCAGCACUUCAAUUCAGCUAGGGUUCAUCAUCGCCAACAAAGAUAAGGAGCAAGUGCGAGAAGAAUCUCCGCCAAGUAUAUCAUUCUUCCCAUACUUCAAUGACCAGCAGUUAGCACUGUGUGCUGGACUGAAUGGGGGAAAUGCCAUUCAACAUUUUGUUGAGUGUGUGGGACAAUGGUUUACAGAUCUAGAAACAGGUUUUGAUAUUCCUCCAUCUUUACUUCUACAAAAAUUGUUAAAAUUAUCACAGAAUGCUAACAGCACUGACACUUUGACCUUUUCUCCUGUAUUUUUCGGAGAACGCCACGACCCAGCAUCUACUGGACACAUCUCAGGCAUCAACUCCAUCAACUUUUCAAACAUCGGCGCCAUCUUCAGGGCAACCUGCCAGGGCAUUGUCAGCCACUUACACUGCAUGGUCCCAGCUAAAUAUCUACUUGACAGAGGCAUUCAGCGCCUGCUGCUUUCAGGCUCCGUGGCUGUCAACAACCCAGUGGUGAAAGAGAGACUGAUAGAGCUAUACACAGUGCCUGGAGAGCUCAGUGUGUUGGUUGACUUGAAAGAAAGCGAUGCUGUGGCUUCCGCAGCUGGUGCAGCCAAAUUAGUGAGGGAUAAAAUGGUGGAUUGGAAUAAUGGUAUGGGGUGUAACAAAUAAAACAAUGAAUUGUUGUUGUGUACUGCUAGUCUUUUACUAAUUGAAGCUGUGAUAACCCGAAUUAAGAAAAUACAAAAUAAAUAAAUUUUAAAGU